GUUUCAGAAAUAAUUUAAGGAAAGGAACUUCCAACGGACCAUGGUCAAUUAGACUCAAUACCAUAAGAAGGAACUCUUUCCAAACAUUAUUUAGAGGACCGACGAUUGAAGGUCCUCCAUCGAGCUAAUGAAUGAGGAUCACCAAGCCACUGAAUACUGGAAUACUAAGCGACUCCAACGGCUACGUCCAACGUGCCCUGCAAUGCCUCUUAGCAGCCAAUGGCAUCGACUACGGCGCUUGCGGCUGCCUCAUUCAGCACUGCACUGACCGCGGCCUCGUCCGCCUGGCAAAGCAGCUCCAUGCCCGCCUCGUCCUUUUCUCCGUCAUACCCAACAACUUCCUUGCGUCAAAGCUUAUCACCUUCUAUUCCAAAGCAAAUCACCUCCGCGAAGCCCGCCACGUGUUCGAUAGAAUUCCUUGUAGAAAUAUAUUCUCUUGGAAUGCUUUGCUCAUUGGCUACUCCCUUCACAACAUGCACCUCGACAUGCUGAAACUGUUUACAUCCCUGGCGCACUCUCAUUUUAUGGAUGUGAAACCGGAUCGUUAUACGAUAUCGUGUGCUUUGAAGUCAUUAUCAUCGUCAUUUUCUGAUUCAAGGUUGGCCCGGGAGGUUCAUUGUUUUGUCGUUCGACAUGGGUUGGACUCUGAUAUUUUUGUUGUCAAUGCUUUGAUUACCUACUACUCGAGAUGUGAUGAGAUUUUCUUGGCGAGAACUGUGUUCGAUAGGAUGCCAGAGAGAGAUAUCGUAUCGUGGAAUUCAAUGAUAGCAGGGUAUUCUCAGGCUGGAUUUUAUGAGGAGUGUAAGGACUUGUAUAGAGAGAUGUUGGGGUCAGCUGGGUUGCGGCCCAAUGGGAUUACAGUCGUUAGUGUCUUGCAGGCAUGUGGUCAGUCGACGGACCUUAUUCUUGGGAUGGAAGUUCAUCGAAUCGUAAAUGAGAGCCAAAUUGGGAUCGAUGUUUCUGUCUGUAACGCUAUCAUUGCGUUGUAUGCAAAAUGUGGUAGCUUGGACUAUGCUCAAGAGUUAUUUGAAGAGAUGACCGAGAAGGAUGAAGUCACCUAUGGAUCCAUGAUUUCAGGUUACAUGGUUCAUGGUUUUGUAGGCAAAGCAAUGGAUCUUUUCCGAGAAAUGAAAAGCCCAGGAUUGAGUACAUGGAAUGCUGUGAUUUCAGGUUUGGUUCAGAACAACCAGCAUGAAGGAGUCUUAGAUUUAAUUCGAGAAAUGCAGGCAUGUGGUUAUAAACCUAAUACUGUAACACUUUCAAGCAUUUUUCCUACAAUUUCACAUUUUUCAAACCUAAAAGGAGGGAAAGAAAUACAUGCUUAUGCCGUUAGAAAUAAUUGUGAUCACAAUAUUUAUGUUGCAACUGCCAUUAUAGAUACUUAUGCAAAGUCAGGAUUUCUUCAUGGGGCACAACAGAUUUUUUAUCAAUCAAAGGGUAGAAGCCUGAUCAUUUGGACAGCAAUAAUCUCAGCGUAUUCAGCCCAUGGAGAUGCUGAUAUGGCCCUUAGCCUUUUUAACAAGAUGCUAAAUAGUGGGAUCAGGCCAGACUCGGUGACCUUUACAGCUGUAUUGGCAGCCUGUGCUCAUUCUGGAAUGGUAGAAGAAGCUUGGAAAAUCUUCGAUGCCAUGUUUAUGGAAUAUUGCGUACAGCCUUCAGUGGAGCAUUAUGCUUGCAUGGUGGGUGUUCUUAGCCGAGCUGGAAGACUAUCUGAAGCUACAGAAUUUGUCUCUAAAAUGCCAAUUGAACCAACUGCUAAAGUUUGGGGUGCACUUCUUAAUGGGGCCUCUGUUUCUGGUGAUGUUGAACUGGGGAAAUUCGCUUGUGAUCGUUUGUUUGAGGUUGAGCCUGAAAAUUCUGGGAAUUACAUUAUUAUGGCAAAUUUGUAUUCUCAAGCCGGGAGAUGGGAAGAAGCUGAUAAGAUUAGGGAAAGGAUGAAGAAAAUUGGGUUGAAAAAGAUCCCGGGCAGUAGUUUGAUUCAAACAAGUGGAGCAUUACAAAGUUUUAUUGCUAGGGAUGAAUCAAAUGGAAGAACUGAAGAGAUAUAUGAAAUGUUGGGAGGGUUGCUUGGGUUAAUGAGAGAGGAAGGAUAUGUUUCAAGGGAAGAGUUAGAUGAGGAGAGUAUUUACAGUUGACACUAGUUCAUUAAAAAGAAGUUAUUGCAAAAUAGGAUUGGGUUAUGCAGUGAAUGUAAACUAUGCAUCAAUAGAGCCACAGUGACUCAGAUUGAUUGCUCAACUUUGGAUGCCCAAUUUUUUGAGAAAUAGCACCUAGAUGCUCAGUAGUGGGAAUCUAUAAAUUUCAGAAUUGUGCAGUCUGAAAUUGAAGCUCUAAAUUGUUUCGUUUUUGAAGAGACACGUUCUCUGACCUGGCCUGGGUGCUAAGAAGUUGGAACAAGCUGUGUUCUUCUAUGUAGGAUUCAAUUUGUUGAUAUCAUAUUGUAUAAGCUAGUUGGGGACCUUAAACACUGAGAGUGAGACUCAGUAGUGCUUCCUUUUUGCCCAAUGCUGGUCUGGCUGCAAAAUAUGUUGGAGAGACUCAAAACUUCUAGCUCCAUCCAAGGCUGUAAACCUGGAGUUCCUGUUGAGCCAGACCUUUGAAAACUCUGCAAAUGACGUCCAAAUUAUAGGGAUUUUUUGUUCUUGAGUGGCAAUUAGUGUAUCUAAUGCGGUCAAUUUUUCAAAAUAUCAGUGAGAUUCUGGUGGCUAACUGUCCUUCGAAGUGGCUGCUGCUUGGUGAUUACUGAUUAGAUUGGUGCUCUUCGGGAAGUAGAUCAACCGCCCUUAAAGGCUAGAAGUAGAUUCUGGUCAUCACUCAUCAGUUAAUUUCUGUUUAUUCCAUAGCAAUAUGAUGAAAAGAAAUCUGCACAACUAUAAGACUUUGGAUCCCCAUAAUUUCUCAGUUUCUAAGAAAUAUGUGCUUAGGUUGAUGCUAUUACCAUUAGGAAGAAAUGGUAUUGAAUUGAUAUGUUUUGUCGAAAAUAAGAGGAAAAUGAAUACUUUCUGUUGACUAA